UCAGCUGAGUACAUUUCCUCGGAAGAGCCAAUUGUUGUGUAAACAGCUAUAUGCGGUUAGGUUCAAAUAACUUCAGGGUUGCACUUUCCUAGCCGACAGUUGGAGAGGGAAUCCAUUGUGUUUUUUAUGUUUGAUAGUUAGGCUACUGUAUAGCCUAUUUAAGGACGGUUUGGGGGGAGGAUGCCGCGACGAACACUGUAUGAAAACCGUCAGAUAGGACUUGACUUUAUUGAGUUCCUGGGCGAAAGUAAUAGGCGGUCUGUUAAAUUCACUAAACAAGAACUCAAAGAUAUCUACAACAACGAGUUCCGGGACAGGGAUGCCAAGGACUCAAAUUUUUCAAAUGUCUUGUUUGCACUUUGCCAUGCGAAUAAAGCGCGUAUUAUCCGUGGGCGUGUGCACAUCGAUCCUAGGGUGAGACUGCUGGACCAGUGGAGACAGCCCCGCAAUCCUCCCGCCCCCCCGCCACCAUUAGCCAAUGGCGCGGCAGCGCCAGCGGGGGUGUCUGAGCCAGAGUCUGCCGUCAAGGCCCGGAGACAACUGGCCGCGAGUAUCUACUCCAGAAUCAACAGGGACAGGUCGGAGUUCAUCGCUGACCGGGGGGGCGUGCGGAUCUCCUCCGGCCAUCAGCAGGGUGAGGGGCGGAUCUGUGUGAGUGUGCAGAGCGCGGCGGAGUGUGAGGUCCAGCUGUGUGUGGAGAACACGGGCGACGGAGCCGUCCUCUUCACCUACUACUCCCUACUGCACUGGGUGGCCUGCUUCAGCCUGGAGGACGAGCAGAAGGUCACCCGCGCCCGACCUCUGCACCUGCCGCCAGGAGAGCAGUAUGGCGUGACUCUGCGGUUCCGGGCUAGGCACGUGGGGUUCUACCAGGCCACGUUGGUGUUUGAGUUCCGGUCGGCAUCGGCGGCGGCGGACAGCCCGCCCUUCCACGUGCUGCGAUUCAUCGAGGGGAUGCACACCUCCGCCCUGACCGAGGCCCUGGCGCCCAUCGCCCCCUACACGCCACGCAGGAUCAACGCCAGCCAGCACCCCAACGCCAGGGUGGAGGACGGAGUGCGCCCAGACAGUUUUGUGGUCCAGAACCUGAAACAAGUGCUGAUUUUGGAGAGCUAUGACAUUCCCCUCUACAUCGUUGACCUGAUCUCCUACAUGACUCAGAGCAGAAGGGCCACCAUGGACAAGGUCUACACCCUGAAAGCGCUGCUGGAGUCUCCUUUGAGCUUUGAGAACUACACGGAACGCUUCCAGGUGCUUCUGCAGCUGGAGGAGACUCAGAUGCAGGUGGACAUCCGGACGUACGACAUGCAGGACGCUAAGAUGGACAGAGACCCCAACAACAAGAACAACAAACUGCUGGUGCUCAAGGUGCCUGGUGUUGCAGAGAACCGACCCUCUGUCCUCAGGGGUGACCACCUCCUGGUCAUCAAGUCCAAAGAGCGCCACCUAGUGCCCGUAACCCAACACAAGGGCUAUGUGCACCGUGUGGAGUGGGAUCAGGUCAAGCUGGGAUUCGGGUCAAAGCUGCUGAGGGACUUUGUGGACGGCAUGGGCUUUGAUGUGGAGUUCACUGUGAACCGGCUGCCCAUCAGGCUCCAGCACAGAGCAGUGGAGCUGGCUACGGAACACCACCUACGUGACCUGCUCUUCCCCACGGGGGCAAAGGUCGCGACCCCUGCAGAGCUGCCCAAUCUGAGGCUGCGUGACCGUAAGCUGGAGAGCAACAGUGAGCAGUACAGUGCUGUGCAGAGCAUAGUGGCCGGAGUGUCCAGACCAGCUCCUUACCUGCUGUUCGGACCACCUGGGACCGGCAAGACCGUCACCGUCGUGGAGGCCAUCAAACAGCUGUAUGAUUCUCCCUCCUGCUCCCACAUCCUGGCAUGUGCUCCGUCUAACAGCGCUGCUGAUCUGCUGUGUGAGAAGAUUCUGGAACACGCUGACCAACACCAGGUCUACCGCCUCUACGCCAGCAGCAGGGACCCUCGCUUCAUACCUCUGGCUGUCCUGGAAUGCUGUAACUUUCACGGUGAUGACAUUGUGUUUCCCUCCAAAGAGGUGUUAUUGGAGUACAAGAUCCUGGUGACCACUGUGGUGACAGCUGGACGGCUUGUAAGUGGCGGUCUACAUAAGGGCCACUUUAGUCACAUAUUUAUAGAUGAGGCUGGUCAUGCCCCUGAGCCAGAGGUCAUGAUCCCUGUGGCAGGGUUACUGGACCCUAAGUCGGGUCAGCUGGUUCUGGCUGGAGACCCUAAACAGCUGGGCCCCAUCCUCAGAUCACCCAUCGCCAAGAAACACGGCCUGGAGCUGUCUCUGCUGGAGAGGUUGAUGAAACACAACCCUCUGUACCAGAAGGAUGAGACAGGCCACUACAACAGCCGCUACGUCACCAAACUACUGCUCAACUACAGGUCCCAUAAGAGCAUCCUGAAGAUCCCUAACGAUCUGUUCUAUGACGGAGAGCUGGUGGCCAGUGCUGACGAGAUGUCCACCCACAUGUACUGCACCUGGGAACACCUGCCCAAGCAGAAUUUCCCACUGAUCUUCCAUGGAGUAAUAGGGAAGGAUGAGAUGGAGGCCAACAGCCCGUCCUUCUUCAACCGCUCCGAGAUCGACGUCGUCAUGGGAUACCUGAAGAAGCUGCUGCUGGAGGCCCAGGGCAAGAAGGGCGUGGCCCGCAUCUCCCCCAAAGACAUCGGCAUCAUCGCCCCCUACAGGAAACAGGUGGAAAAGAUAAGACAGGCCAUCGAGAGACACGACAAAGAGCUGAAGAAGAUUAUGGGCAUCGAGAACCUGAAGGUGGGCUCAGUAGAAGAGUUUCAGGGACAGGAGAGAAGAGUGAUUAUUGUAUCGUGUGUACGUAGCAGUGGAGAACACCUGACCUUCGACGAGAAGUUCAACAUCGGCUUCCUCAAGAAUGAGAAGAGGUUUAACGUGGCCAUGACACGAGCCAAAGCCCUGCUCAUCGUGGUAGGAAACCCCAUUAUCCUCAGAACAGACCCUAGCUGGGGCAGGUUCCUAGAGUACUGCUCGAGUGAGUCGGGCUACACAGGAUAUGACUUCAGCAGCACAGAAGGAGUAGAGCAGGUGAUGGCUCGUCUGACUGCGCUUAACAUCGGCCAGGAUACGCCAGUGGACACAGGCGAGAGUGUCGUGCAGCAGAUGUUGGAUCCCGAGUGGAGAAAUGAGCAGUAGCCUGAUUAUUCAAGCUGUGCUCACGCACACACACACACACACUCACACACACACACACACACACACACGGCAUACUUUUCUAAUAACAUUGCAGGCAUUCUCAGAUGAACUCAGAUGGCUUAAGCGUUAUUUUCAGCCCUGAGUUCAAUACUUGGAGUCAUGAGGUGAUAUUUAUAAACCAUUUUCAAGUUGACGGGAUUCCAUUGUCCAUAGUGGACAUAAAGAUAUAAAUGAUUUAUUUUUUUAUUUUACAUAAAGAUAUAAAUUAUUUAUAAUUAUAUUUUUAGCCUGACGAGCCAGACCCACAUCAAGAUGUAGGGUCUGGGGACUCACCAU